AUGUGCAUAUAUAUUCAUCUGACUGACUUCUACCUUUUAUGAAGUUGUUUCAACCUUUAUCCUAGGUGAUACCGUCAUGACAACAAAGAAAUGUUUGGGUGGUCAUCAUGAUAUAUCCGCUGACACAUCAGGAAUAUCCUUUGCGGUGGAGUGCUUCUAUGAUGGUUCGACUUCUUUGUCCGACCCCGCUUCUCGCCGUUUGCAGAGUACGUCGGUUGGCUGCCCUUUCUUGAGUAUAUAUAUUACUGGAGGGUCUGAUGAAUUCUAGGUGGAUGUUGAAGCGGCGAUAAUUCUAGCUGCUGGUUUUAAUCUUUCAUUGCACCGUUCACCCCUGCGUCGUCAAUGCUAGACGAUCAAGGGUAAUUGUUGUAAGACGUCCUCGGCAGAUCACCUAGCGUGAUUCUGAAGGGGGCCGUUGCUCCAUCGAAGCAACCCGCUUAUUACCUCCCCUUGUUCCCCGCUGGUGGGUCAUAUAAAGCACCAUCCGACUUUAUGGUCCAGAAACCUGCUCUUACUUGUCUCCCUUUGUGCUUUGAGCUUAGGAUCCCGUCACUCGUUUUUAACAAACCUUAACAUCCUCCAUAAUGUAUAAGCUCUCAACCAUUUUCACCUGCCUCCUUGUCGCUCUUUCCGCAUCCGCUAGUCCCCUCUCCGAAAAGCGUGACGCUAACUUCGCGUCUGACGUAUGGGACCCGAAGAUCACUAAACCCUCCUUUGGCACCAUUUGGAAGGUUGGCACCAACCAAACCAUUGCUUGGGAUACCGCUGGUAUCCCCGAGUCAGCUCUGGACACCCGAGGCGUCAUCUACCUUGGGCACCUCCAGGGCGACAGCGAGCACUUGGAUAUUGCCCACCCACUUGCUAGCGGCUUCACAUACAGAGAUGGCUCUGUUUCAGUGACCGUCCCUUCCGUUGACACUCGCCUUGACUACAUCGUUGCUUUGCUCGGCGACUCUGGAAACAUUUCGCCCAAAUUCAUGAUUGCUAACUUCGAAUUUAUGGACAAGAUCACCGAUGCGUUGGGCAUCACUAAAGGCAAUUAGAGUGGCAUCGGAUAUAUAUCCACAUCAGUACUACUCACCACAUCUGUAUCGCUUCGAAUUCUUUUGCCGCUUGCUUUCCUAGUUUUACGUUCACAAUUUCGGACUGUUUCUGAUACUAAAGCGGAAUUACAUCUAUCUUCGGACUG